AUGGCGGCACCUCAAAGGACACUCCCAGGUGCAUCCACACCUCCAGAGACCUUUUCAGGGACGUUAGUGCCCCCAGAGACCUUCCUAGGGGUCCCAGGGGACCCUAUGGCAUGCUUGUGCAUUCUUAGGAGCGACGGCUCCCCAGGGACCCUGACUGGAGCAGCGGAGCCUGCAGGGACCUACCCAGGGGCAGCGCAGCCUCCAGCGACCAUCCCAGAAACCGUUCCAGGGGCAGUGGUGCACUGGAAACCCUCCCAGGUGGCAGCAGAGCCUCCAGGGACCAUCCCAGAGACCCUCCCAGAGAUGGUGGCACCUCAAAGCUCACUCCCAGGGGCAUCCACACCCCGAGAGACCUUUCCAGGGACGUUAUUGGUCCCAGAGACCUUCCUAGAGGUCUCAGGGGGCUCUAUGGCAUUACUGUGCCGCGACGCCCCUAGGGUGCCCCCCAGUGGUGACGGUACCCCCAGGGGCCCUUGCAACAACAGUGGCAUCCUCAGGUGCAUCCUCAAGAGCGACGGCACCCCUGGGACCCUGACUGGAGCAGCGGAGCCUGCAGGGACCUACCCAGGGGCAGCGCAGCCCCCAGAGACCAUCCCACAGACCGUUUCAGGGGAGCGACGGCUCCCCAGGGACCCUGACUGGAGCAGUGGAGCCUGUAAGGACCUUCCCAGGGGCAGGACAGUCCCCAAGGACCAUCCCAGAAACCGUUCCUGGAGCAGUGGUGCACUGGAAACUCUCCCAGGUUCGGUGGCGCCCCCAGGGACCCUCCCAAGGGCGGUGGUGCACCUAGAGUCACUCCAAUUGGAAGAGGAGUGCCAAGGGACCAUUGCAGGGGCAGCAGAGCCUCCAGGGACCAUCCCGGAGAUGGUGGCACCUCAAAGGACACUCCCAGGUGCAUCCACACCUCCAGAGACCUUUUCAGGGACGUUAGUGCCCCCAGAGACCUUCCUAGGGGUCCCAGGGGACCCUAUGGCAUGCUUGGUGCCCCCCAGUGUUGACGGUGCCCCCAGGGGCCCUCGCAACAUCAGUGGCAUACUCAGGUGCAUUCUUAGGAGCGACGGUACCCCAGGGACCCUGACUGGAGCAGCGGAGCCUGCAGGGACCUACCCAGGGGCAGCGCAGCCUCCAGCGACCAUCCCAGAAACCGUUCCAGGGGCAGUGGAGCGACGGCUCCCCAGGGACCCUGACUGGAGCAGUGGAGCCUGUAGGGACCUUCCCAGGGGCAGGACAGUCCCCAGGGACCAUCCCAGAAACCGUUCCUGGAGCAGUGGUGCACUGGAAACUCUCCCAGGUUCGGUGGCGCCCCCAGGGACCCUCCCAAGGGCGGUGGUGCACCUAGAGUCACUCCCAUUGGAAGAGGAGUGCCAAGGGACCAUUGCAGGGGCAGCAGAGCCUCCAGGGACCAUCCCGGAGAUGGCGACACCUCAAAGGACACUCCCAGGUGCAUCCACACCUCCAGAGACCUUUUCAGGGACGUUAGUGCCCCCAGAGACCUUCCUAGGGGUCCCAGGGGACCCUAUGGCAUGCUUGUGCAUUCUUAGGAGCGACGGCUCCCCAGGGACCCUGACUGGAGCAGUGGAGCCUGUAGGGACCUUCCCAGGGGCAGGACAGUCCCCAGGGACCAUCCCAGAAACCGUUCCUGGAGCAGUGGUGCACUGGAAACCCUCCCAGGGUCGGUGGCGCCCCCAGGGACCCUCCCAGGGCGGUGGUGCAUCUGGGGUCCCUCUCAUUGGAAGAGGAAUGCACAGGACCAUUCCAGUGGCAGCAGAGCCUCCAGGGACCAUCCCAGAGACCCUCCCAGAGACGGCAGCACCUCAAAGCACACUCCCAGGGGCAUCCACACCCCGAGAGACCUUUCCAGGGACGUUAUUGGUCCCAGGGGGCUCUAUGGCAUUACUGUGCCGCGACGCCCCUAGGGUGCCCCCCAGUGGUGACGGUACCCCCAGGGGCCCUUGCAACAUCAGUGGCAUCCUCAGGUGCAUCCUCAAGAGCGACGGCACCCCUGGGACCCUGACUGGAGCAGCGGAGCCUGCAGGGACCUACCCAGGGGCAGCGCAGCCCCCAGAGACCAUCCCACAGACCGUUUCAGGGGAGAGACGGCUCCCCAGGGACCCUGACUGGAGCAGUGGAGCCUGUAGGGACCUUCCCAGGGGCAGGACAGUCCCCAGGGACCAUCCCAGAAACCGUUCCUGGAGCAGUGGUGCACUGGAAACUCUCCCAUGUUCGGUGGCGCCCCCAGGGACCCUUCCAGGGGCGGUGGUGCGCCUGGGGUCCCUCUCAUUGGAAGAGGAGUGCCAAGGGACCAUUGCAGGGGCAGCAGAGCCUCCAGGGACCAUCCCGGAGAUGGCGGCACCUCAAAGGACACUCCCAGGUGCAUCCACACCUCCAGAGACCUUUUCAGGGACGUUAGUGCCCCCAGAGACCUUCCUAGGGGUCCCAGGGGACCCUAUGGCAUGCUUGUCCUACAGGCCUGGCGCUCCCAGGGACUAUCUCAGGGGUGGUGGACAUAUCAGGAACCCUCCCACGUGCCGCGACGCCCCCAGGGUGUCCCCCAGUGUUGACGGUGCCCCCAGGGGCCCUCGCAACAUCAGUGGCAUACUCAGGUGCAUUCUUAGGAGCAACGGUACCCCAGGGACCCUGACUGGAGCAGCGGAGCCUGCAGGGACCUACCCAGGGGCAGCGCAGCCUCCAGCGACCAUCCCAGAAACCGUUCCAGGGGCAGUGGUGCACUGGAAACCCUCCCAGGAGGACAUCUCAGGGGUUGUGGACAUAUCAGGAACCCUCCCAGGUGCCGCGACGCCCCUAGGGUGCCCCCCAGUGGUGACGGUACCCCCAGGGGCCCUUGCAACAUCAGUGGCAUCCUCAGGUGCAUCCUCAAGAGCGACAGCACCCCUGGGACCCUGA